AUGAAGGCUGCCUACACCGCCUAUCGAUGCCUCACCAAAGACCUAGAAGGCUGCGCCAUGAACCCGGAGCUGACAAUGUAAAGUCUGGGCACUUUGCCCGGGCCGGCCGGCGGCGGCAGCGGCGGGGGCGGCGGCGGCGGGGGCGGCGGCGGGGGCCCGGGCCAUGAGCAGGAGCUGCUGGCCAGCCCCAGCCCCCACCACGCGGGCCGCGGCGCCGCCGGCUCGCUGCGGGGCCCGCCGCCGCCUCCAACGGCGCACCAGGAGCUGGGCACCGCAGCGGCGGCGGCGGCGGCUUCGCGCUCAGCCAUGGUCACCAGCAUGGCUUCAAUCCUGGACGGCGGCGACUACCGGCCGGAGCUCUCCAUCCCGCUGCACCACGCCAUGAGCAUGUCCUGCGACUCGUCCCCGCCCGGCAUGGGCAUGAGCAACACCUACACCACGCUGACGCCGCUCCAGCCGCUGCCGCCUAUCUCCACAGUGUCCGACAAGUUCCACCACCCGCACCCGCACCACCAUCCGCACCACCACCACCACCACCACCACCACCAGCGUCUGUCCGGGAACGUCAGCGGCAGCUUCACCCUCAUGCGCGACGAGCGCGGGCUCCCGGCCAUGAACAACCUCUACAGUCCCUACAAGGAGAUGCCCGGGAUGAGCCAGAGCCUGUCCCCGCUGGCCGCCACGCCGCUGGGCAAUGGGCUGAGUAGCCUCCACAACGCGCAGCAGAGCCUGCCUAACUACGGGCCGCCGGGCCACGACAAAAUGCUCAGCCCCAACUUCGACGCGCACCACACUGCCAUGCUGACCCGCGGUGAGCAGCACCUGUCCCGCGGCCUGGGCACCCCGCCCGCGGCCAUGAUGUCGCACCUCAACGGCCUGCACCACCCGGGUCACUCUCAGUCCCACGGGCCGGUGCUGGCGCCCAGCCGCGAGCGGCCGCCCUCGUCUUCGUCUGGCUCGCAGGUGGCCACGUCGGGCCAGCUGGAGGAGAUCAACACCAAGGAGGUGGCCCAGCGCAUCACCGCCGAGCUGAAGCGCUACAGCAUCCCGCAAGCCAUCUUCGCGCAGAGGGUUCUGUGCCGGUCUCAGGGAACUCUCUCUGACCUGCUCCGGAACCCCAAACCGUGGAGUAAACUCAAAUCUGGCAGGGAGACUUUCCGCAGGAUGUGGAAGUGGCUGCAGGAGCCCGAGUUCCAGCGCAUGUCUGCCUUACGCCUGGCAGCAUGCAAACGCAAAGAGCAAGAACCAAACAAAGACAGGAGCAAUUCCCAGAAGAAAUCCCGCCUGGUUUUCACCGACCUCCAACGCCGAACACUCUUUGCCAUCUUCAAGGAGAACAAACGCCCAUCCAAAGAGAUGCAGAUCACCAUCUCCCAGCAGCUGGGCCUGGAGCUCACGACUGUCAGCAACUUCUUCAUGAACGCACGGCGCCGCAGCCUGGAGAAGUGGCAAGACGAUCUGAGCACUGGAGGCUCCUCGUCCACCUCCAGCACUUGUACCAAAGCAUGAUGGAAGGAGUCUCAGUUGGGCACAAGUCACCUCCAAAUGAGGACAAUAGAUACCAAAAGAAAACACAAAGGAAAAGACACUGGAUUCUUAAGCUGGGGCCCUUCACUGGUGAUUUGAAAGCACAAUUCUUUUGAAGAAAACACUUCUAUUCUAGCUGUAAUCAUAGGCCAGGUGUUCUUUUUUUCAGUUUUAAUGGCUAUGGAGUCCAAGUGCAAGCUGAAAAUUAAUCUCUUUGACCCAGACACUGUCCUUUGAGCAUGCUAAGCACCCCAGAAACCCAAAUGGGGCCUUCCUGCAGUGAGUUAAUUUCAGUAUGGUUCAGCCAAGCUCAGGAUUGCUUAAAAUGUCAACAGUCCUACUUCAAGUCCCGUCAACCUCUUGCAGUCAGUGUUCCCAUGAGUGACACUGGGAAUUUGGCCAGUAUGAGGACUCGGAGUUUGGGUUCCCUAGAUGCUACAAUAAGAAAAGAAUCUAGCAACAAGAGUGACCUCAUUUGUUUUCCAAGUGCUUAGCCUCAUCAUACCACGUUACAUCAAAGUUCACAGCCAUAACAUUAGAAAACAUCAAAAUGAUAAUUACUGAGCACAAAUUUUAAAUACGGAAGUUGAAGAAAAAUCCAAGGACCUGUUUUUCCAACUCAGGCAUCUUUUCAUUGAAUGGUUUAGAAAGCUUUUAGGUUGAUCCAGUUUACAGUUUUCUUUUCCUUACCUCCUAGAAAUAUCACAUCGUCUUGGAUCCAUCAAAAAAAUAGAUCAGUUCACUUGAGCUCAAAGUAUCAAGCACAACAAAGAUAAGCAGAGAAAUGAGAAAGGUUCAGGAUUCACUGCAUCUGGAUUUUCAAGACACCGAUUGUGAAGUCAUUAAGGAGAUAGUGAAGUCAUUAGGGAAUCAUUGGGAAUAUGGCUUCAAGCACAUUUUGCAGAUUGCUACACAUUCUGUGUUUGUACAUAUGCUGACGCACACU